GGCCCACUCGCCACCCACCCUUGCUCCAGAACAUCCACGACAGGCCACAACGCUAGACGCUGAAGACGCUGGGCGGUGACAGCGGUUGAUACUUACCGAGGUAGUGGAAGGUGCAAUGGAUGACUAUGUCUACCAGAGACUAGUUGCACAGGUCGUAAGUUCGCGAUAUACCAACUAUUGCAAUGUGGCGAGCCUGACGGUGUUGAUUCUGGAGUAUAUGCAGACGUUUGAUCUCGAGAGGUCCUUAAUCUGGCCCAUCAAGUGGAAUCAUGUCAAGCUUAUCUAUGUUAUCAACCGUUAUCUCCCCUUCCCGGUUGUAGUGGCCCUAGUGUACUACAACGUCGCACCGCCCAUCUUCUCCGAACGAGCAUGCAAAUACCUCUUCUCUGUCCCCAGCAUGGGAAUCGCCGUGUGUAUACUCAUAGCUGAUGCGCUGCUUUACAUUCGACUAUAUGCUCUCUCGGGACGAACGCGCCCUGUCAAAUUCUUUUUGCUCGCGAACGUUACGUUAGUUGUGGUUGUCGCCUUGACAUUCUUUGCAUUGUACUUGGCGGCGGGUAGAUUUAUCCAAUCUCCGGCGCCAGAAUUAGCUGGGUGCUUUGGCGCUACCUCAGGUGCUGGAAAGUACGUGAUGAUAUGCUACGCGACCCUCCUCUACAGCGCUAUCGUGACAAUGGGACUGUCCAUCUGGUACGGACUUAAGAUGUACUGGUCUUCACGGGAGAGCCACUUGAUCAAAGUUCUAUACCGAGACGGGGCAUUUUACUUCAUCACGAUUGCAGUGAUGUCAAUCGCGAACGGUAUCUUCUCAAUUGGUGCUCCUGCACGAUACCGGUUUUUACUCGCCGUCCCCCAAGCUGUGAUGCACAACAUCCUCGCCACUCGCAUGAUUCUCCACCUUCGCGAGACGGCGCGAUCAGAGAUGGGCUUCAGCUCCGAUGUGGUCAACCAUAGCUACGGGUUCCAUGCGACCAUUAGCAGAAGGAAGUCGGGAGAUAAUGGUCGAUCAACGCUGGGCCUCGAUACUUGCGACGACUCGGGCGAACGGACUAUUAGUUGGCACGAUACGCCAAGUCGUUGA